AAAAGUUUUUAAUAUUUGUUUCAUUUUUCAAUUAUUUUUAAUUAUUUUAGCAUUAAUUAAAUGAAUUAUCACUUUAAUUGAUCCAAUAGUUUAUAUACAAAAUCAACAAAACUCAUGAGUAAUACACAACUAUUGAACCAAAGUUGGGAUUAUUUGUCCAAACAAUUGACACACUUUGAGGAAAGCGAUGAUUAUUUACCAAAACUGACGGACGCUUUGCGAGUACUUCGGGAACAGUCUUUUGUCGAAGUACUCAUUGAAUGGUACUAUGAUUUGUACUACACUUUCAUCAACGAAGAACUUGUACCACAUUUUUGGUCCACAUUUCGUAAUCACCAGCAGUUGAGCGAAGACACGGCCAACACAUCCACC